AUGGAAUCAGGUGCUUGGGAAGAAAAUUUUAAAUCUGCUCAUGAUACAAAGCCCAAUGGCCCAGAAGCUGUAGCUUUAGAUUUUUCUUUUCCACAAGCUGUUGUAGCUUAUGGUUUACCUGAACAUGCCGAUUCAUUUGCACUUAAGUCAUCCAAAGGAAGUGAUCCAUAUCGUUUGUAUAACUUAGAUGUAUUCGAAUAUGAACUCAAUAGUAAAAUGGCCUUAUAUGCUGGUGUUCCUCUUCUUUUUGCCCAUGGACCAGAGAGUACAACAGGAGUUUUUUGGUUAAAUGCCGCAGAAACAUGGAUAGAUGUUAUGAGUAAAGGAGAUCAAAAUGUUUUAUCAUCUAUUGUAAAUUUGGUAUCUGGUUCUACCUCGAAAUCAGAAAUUGAUGCUCAUUUUAUGUCUGAAUCUGGAAUCAUAGAUGUUUUUCUUUUGAUGGGUCCUUCUCCAGAUGACGUACUAAAACAAUAUGCCUCAUUGACGGGAACAUCACCUCUACCUCAGAUGUUUUCGCUUGCUUAUCAUCAAAGCAGGUGGAAUUACAAUGAUGAGGAAGAUGUCAGAAACGUUGUUCAAAAGUUUGAUGAUUAUAAUUUACCAAUGGACGCCAUUUGGUUAGAUAUUGAACAUGCAGAUAAUAAGAAGUAUUUCACGUGGGAUCCAGUCAGAUUUGCGAAUCCUUUGGAAAUGACGAAAAAUAUAUCUGAUAAGGGAAGAAAACUAGUUGUUAUAGUCGAUCCUCAUAUCAAAAGAGAUGUCGGUUACUUUUUGCAUAAUGAUGCUGAAGCAAAUGGGUACUAUGUGAAAAAUCCCGAUGGAAAAGAUUAUGAGGGUUGGUGUUGGCCUGGAUCAUCCAGUUAUUUAGACUUUUUAAAUCCUGCAGUAAGGGAAUAUUAUUCAAAUCGAUACUUAUUGGAAAAUUAUAAAGGUUCCACUCUUGACACGUACAUCUGGAAUGACAUGAAUGAACCUUCGGUAUUUAACGGACCUGAAAUAACAAUGCCCAAAGAUGUUAUUCACCACGGUGGAUGGGAACAUCGACACAUUCACAACAUAUAUGGGUUUUUACAUACGAUGUCAACAUAUGAAGGAUUACUGAAAAGAUCAGAAGGAAAAUUGCGACCUUUCAUUCUCACACGUGCAGGUUUUGCUGGGUCACAAAGGUAUGUCAGCAUUUGGACGGGUGAUAACAUGGCUGAAUGGGACCACUUGAAAGCUACCAUACCUAUGUGCUUAUCACUAUCCAUCAGCGGUUUAGUUUUGUGCGGGGCAGACGUUGGAGGAUUUUUCGGUAAUCCAGAACCUGAAUUAUUUGCACGAUGGUUUCAGGCGGGAGCAUUUCAACCCUUUUUUCGCGCUCAUUCCCAUAUCGAUACAAAAAGAAGAGAACCAUGGUCGAUGGAUCAAGUUGUAACGGACGUCAUUCGAGGAGCGUUGCGAAAACGUUAUAGUUAUCUACCCUUUUGGUACACUCUUAUGUACGAACACGAAAAUACGGCAUCGUCGGUCAUGAGACCACUCUGGAUGGAAUUCCCAAAGGAAGAAGCAGUAUACGGAAUCGAAGAUGAAUAUUUAUUAGGAAAAAGUUUGUUGGUGCAUCCGGUCACUGAUAAAGGAGCAACUUCCGUUAACGUGUAUUUUCCUGGAGUGAAUGAAGUUUGGUACGAUUCGGAUACGUAUGAAAAAUUUGAUCAAAACGGAUUCGUCAAAGUACCCGUUGAUUUAGAAAAGAUACCAGUUUUUAUUAGGGGUGGAUCGAUCAUACCUAAAAAGGAAAGGAUUAGACGAGCAUCAUCCCUCAUGCGUGAUGAUCCUUACACUUUGGUCGUAGCAUUAGAUGCUCAAGGUAAAGCAUCGGGAAAGCUUUACAUAGAUGAUGAACAAUCUUUCGAAUACAGAGAAGGGAAAUUUGCAUACCUGAGUUUGGAAUAUAAAAAUAAUAAAUUAAUAUCCAGAAACUUGAAUGAUAAAUUUGAAUUUAAAAGUAAAGCAUGGUUAGAGCGAGUACUAAUUGUCGGUUUUAAUGGAAGUUCUAAAAGGGCUGAAAUCAAUCACUCUGGUAAUUCUGCUUCUUUGGAAACGAGAUUGUCAUCGAAUAAUGUUUUGACAAUUCGUAAACCAGGUGUAUCAAUGACAGAAAAUUGGGAAAUAAAAAUAAUGUAG